GAUCACGUAGACGAAGCAGAAUGAAACUUUGUUGAUGACCCGGCAUGUGUCUGUAGUCUCUGGGCCGCAUGACGUGAGUGGCUGAUAAAUCUUACCGGACAGAAAAAGAACAUAAUUUUAGCAUCAUUAUUCUCAUAGAGUCGAAGUCAGAGUAACAAAAUGCCCAAGAAAACGAAAGAAGGAGCCGAGUGGGUGGACGAUGAAGUGGCUCCGGCAGUUGAAAAAAAUGUGAAAAAGGGGAAGAAAGAUAAAAAGGGGAAAAAGAGUUUCUUUGAGGAACUCGCCACAGAAAGCAAACCUGAAAAGGAAGAGGAGGAGGUGCCUGUAAAGGACACACAAGCAAAACAGCCUCAAAAAAAGAGGAAAGACCGGCGAAAAGGAAAAGGUGGAAAUGCAGAUGACGACGACAAUGAAGACGUUAUGCUGAAACUGAAAAAGCUCUCAGUGCAAGCUAGUGACGAAGAAGGCGAGCCAGUCAUUGCCCCCAGUAAAGGAGACAAGAAGAUUAAGGGUGGAAACAUCUUUGCUGCUCUCAGCCAGGGCCAGAGUGAUGAUGACAACGACGAUGAUGAUGAUGAUUUGGAUGAAGAAGAUAAACCAGCAAAAAAGUCAAUAGAAAAGGAUGAUAAGAAGGCGAAGACGGGGAAGACAGAGCAACACAAGAAAGGAAAAGCUGCUGAGCGAUCACGCAGCGAGGAUGAAGAUGAGGAGGAGGAAAGUGACAGCGGUGACAUGAUGAUGAGUGCUGAGGACGUCAUCGCAGAACAGGCCAAGCAGCCGGAAGAUGACCCAUUUGCUAACCUCAGCAAAAAGGAGAAGAAGAAGAAAAAAAAGCAGAUGGAGUAUGAGCGUCAGGUGGCCAGUGUUCGUGCUCAGAAUGCCUUGGAGGGAGAUUUCUCCAUUUCCCAGGCUGAAAUGUCUUCGAGACAGGCAGCGCUGGAGAACGCCUCUGACAUCAAGCUGGAGAGGUUCAGCAUAUCUGCUCACGGCAAGGAGCUGUUUGUCAACGCUGACCUUCUGAUUGUAGCAGGAAGAAGAUAUGGUUUGGUUGGACCAAAUGGCAAAGGAAAGACCACAUUACUGAAACACAUAGCCAACAGAGCUCUCAGUAUUCCCCCCAACAUCGAUGUGCUGCUGUGUGAACAGGAGGUGGUAGCUGAUGACACGCCAGCGGUGCAGGCGGUGCUGAAGGCAGACACCCGCCGCCUGAAGCUUCUGGAGGAGGAGAAACAGCUACAGGCGCUACUGGAGAAGGGAGAGGACAGUGUGGCUGAGAGGCUGGAGAAGGUUUAUGAAGAGCUGAGGGCGAUUGGAGCUGCAGCAGCUGAGGCCAAGGCCAGAAGGAUCCUGGCUGGUCUGUCAUUUACACCUGAGAUGCAGAACAGACCCACCAAGAGGUUCUCUGGAGGCUGGAGAAUGAGAGUCUCCCUCGCCAGAGCUCUGUUCAUGGAACCUACUCUGCUGAUGCUGGACGAGCCCACCAACCACCUGGACCUGAAUGCUGUCAUCUGGCUCAACAACUACCUUCAAGGCUGGAAGAAGACUCUCCUAAUAGUUUCCCACGACCAGAGUUUCCUUGACGAUGUGUGUACAGAUAUCAUCCACUUAGACAACCAGAAACUCUACUAUUACAGAGGGAACUACUUGACCUUCAAGAAGAUGUACGUGCAGAAGCAGAAAGAACUGCAGAAACAGUACGACAAGCAGGAGAAGAAACUCAGAGACCUAAAGGCUGGUGGCAAGUCCACCAAACAGGCUGAGAAGCAAACUAAGGAGGCUCUGACCAGAAAGCAGCAGAAGGGCAAAAAGAAGGGAGGUCAGGAGGAGGAGAGCCAUGAGGCUACUGAGCUGCUGAAGAGGCCUAAAGAGUACACCGUCAAGUUCACCUUCCCCAACCCACCUCCACUCUCACCUCCCAUCCUGGGACUACACAGUGUUGACUUUGGCUAUGACAGUCAGAAGAUUCUCUUCAAAAAUGUGGACUUUGGAAUCGACAUGGACUCCAGGAUUUGCAUAGUUGGACCCAAUGGUGUUGGGAAGAGUACCCUGUUGCUGCUGCUCACUGGGAAAUUAAAUCCUACUAAAGGUGAGAUGAGGAAGAACCAUCGCUUGAAAGUGGGCUUCUUUAACCAGCAGUAUGCUGACCAGUUGAACAUGGAAGAAACUGCCACAGAGUACCUGAUGAGGAACUUCAACCUUCCCUACCAGGACAGCAGGAAGUGCUUGGGACGUUUUGGCCUGGAGAGCCAUGCCCACACCAUUCAGAUCUCCAAACUGUCGGGUGGUCAGAAGGCCAGAGUAGUGUUUGCUGAGCUGUCCUGUCGUCAGCCUGAUGUCCUUGUCUUGGAUGAACCCACCAACAAUCUGGACAUUGAGUCAAUCGAUGCCUUAUCAGAGGCCAUUAAUGAAUAUAAAGGAGCUGUGAUCAUUGUGAGUCACGACGCACGCCUCAUCACAGAGACUCAGUGCCAGCUGUGGGUGGUGGAGGACUACACAAUUAACCAGAUAGACGGAGACUUUGACGAUUACAAGCGGGAGGUUCUGGAGUCUCUGGGAGAGACAAUGGUCAACAAGGUGAACCCCUGAUCCCAGAGAGCAGCUGCUAUGGGAAAACUGCUGUGCUGCUCUUUGUCCCUUCAUCAGAUGCUCCAUACACUCCCUCUGGGCCCAUUGGGCACGUCGCUCUCAGAAACACUGAUUAUAAAAAGGUUGGCUUUGUUGGGGGCUAUCUUUUCCCUUUCUUCUGCUCUGGGACAUCUUCAACAACAUGGAGCUGCACAGAUACUGCAGGCUGAAUUCUGUUGUUCAUUUCUAUAAAUAUCAAAGGUGAAAAUGUAUCAGGUCAACAUCUACUACAACUAAACAAUGAAAAUAAAACAAUUUUUCAACAGG